GCCGAUCCUUAACCGUAGCUUCUGUUAACCCAGCAGUGAAUGUUGUUAAACGAUUUGACGGGGUCGUAUUCCGGGGGAACAUUAGCAUUAAGAACCUGCCCGAAACGCUAUGUAUGCUAUUGGCUUUACAAGAAUGUAAGAACUUGUAUAUGUGAAUAAAUAAAUAAAUAAAAAUAUACUAAUAAAUGCGAGCGGGUGAAGGUAGGGGAGGGAUUAGGCAGGGGACCCGGGCGCCGCCGGCUCACCACAACACACCCAGCACCACCUCCACCACCUGCACCUCACAUCGUCCCUCACACUACACUUCUCUCUAUAUUGAUCUUUGUUAAGUGCUGCUAUACUUACAGGGGGAACUUGUACACAUUGUGUGUGUGUGUGUGUGAGGUGACAAUGGCGGCGAGAAUUGCAAGCAGACUAGCUGGAUUAUCGCUAUCCAAUUGUACUGGCAGUGCGUGUUUAGCACCACUAAGUCGUAGCUACUAUGUGUAUAAAGAUCCCAACUACAAGCAUCAUUUUAAUAAUUUCUCUUUCAAGAGAAAAAAUUAUGUUUCUAAAUUCAAAAAGGACAGGCAAUUGAAGUUCAUCAAAGUAGAACUUCCAGACUUAAAUGAGAAGGCUGAAAUGGAAGAUAUGACUCCUGAUGAGCUCCGAGCCAAAAUGAAGGAAAAAGGUAUUCAGCCUGUGCGUCCAUGGCAGGAGAAACCCUUCGUAAUAUCAAGCACGGCAGGAACAUUUGAGGCAUAUGUACCCCCUGAAGGUGAUGGAAAACUGUCUGCCACAUCAAAAGCAGGAGCAAAACAAAAGAUUCGGCUCCUGGAGAAAAAGGGCAGAUCCAUGAUGGCAAUUAGAAAAAUAAGACAGUUUGAUGAGGAAUUUGACCCCAAGGAUUUUGCCGAAGAGGCACAACAAAUUUAUAUCGACACACACAAGGCUUUAACAAACUUUGACAAAAAGAGACUUCAUCAGACAGUAACUGAGCGAGCUUACCCUCUGGUCACCCAUCAAAUUCACAGAAGCACCGUCAGAUGGCAGUUCCUCGGUUCUUUGGAGCCCCCACGUGUAGUGCAUGCAAGAUGUACAGACCUAAUUAGCAAAGACAAUGUUUUUGCUCAGGUUACAGUUCGAUUCCAUACUAAGCAGAAACCGUUAUUAUUUCCUGUGACACCAGCAAGCAAACUGGCUAGAAGAAUACACACUCAAAUUAAAUAUGAAAAGGAACAUAGCAUAGAGAAACUUUCCUCACAGCAAAAUGGAGUGGAUCUUAGUCAAAACCAUCAUGAACCAGAUGACCAUCAGACCUUUGAUGUGCACACCUGCCCUACUAAAAUGGAAGGUAAAAUGAAGGCAUUAAAGCCAGGACUGCUAGGAUGGGAACCUUCACACUGGCGGGAGGUCCUGGAGAACAUUCACCAGAUGAGAGCUACACGGGAUGCUCCAGUUGAUUUGAUGGGAGCCGAGAAGUGCAUGGAUAGAGAUUCCCAACCUGAAGUGUAUAGGUUCCAGGUGCUUAUCUCCUUAAUGUUAAGUAGUCAAACUAAAGACCAGGUGACUCAUGCAGCCAUGAUGAAGCUACGAGCUCAUGGACUUACUGUUGACAACAUUCUGGCAACUGAUGAUCACACACUUGGUCAACUUAUAUAUCCUGUUGGGUUCUGGAAGGUUUUCAAUAUCAGUAUCAGAAGUACCACCCAAGAACACUUGAAAGACUCCUGCCAAUCAAGUGUGCAAGUCUGACAGAAACCUUGCCAAGUCCCUAAGGAAAAGAGGAGGGGAUGUCAGCCAGCCAGAAUGAUUCUGAAACCUCACACUGCAUCCAGUAAACUGAGAUGGACCCACACUCAGAAGAGGGCUGGUCCAUCAACAAAAUGAGUUCUGAAUUUCACAGGAGAUACUGAAGUAUAUCUAUGCAAGCCACCAAAAGGUAAAUGCAGGAAGAUGGAGACCUCCAGAAACACGAUUCUGAGGCACCUAACAUUCCUGGAACCAUACCCGAGGGAGAGCAGCUGAACCAUCAUAUAUAGAAGAGAGGAUAUCUUCUUCAAGCACAAGACCCUCAGGAGAGGAAACCAAGGUUCAAGAAAGAUCAAUGGGCACCCGUGGACACUCUUCAGCCUCCCAUUCAGUCCCUGAAGCCUUCCACAAAGGCUCCAGGGCAGAGCUGUAGUCCUAUCCCAACAGCUGGGACAGAAAGGUGUCACCACCACCACCACCACCAAGGAGAAAGGGGAUGGGGGGGCGCUUGCAAAGACGAUUGUCCCAGAAAGACUAGAAGGUUUAACUCCUCUCCUCUGUUAGUGUGGAUGGGGCUACCCCUGGAUAUGUCUGAGUUACACCCUGAGCUGAACUUUGCCCCGAUUCUUAAACGUCAGACACUUAAGCUGGAACCAGGAGGUGAAAACCAGAAUCAAGGCAAACCAUACUCACUGGAAAAGUUACAGGAUGCGUGAGCUUUGUCUAGAUGGAGGUCACCAACACCUCCAAUUCCUGGUCCCUGAAGACUAUAGGGGGCCAACUCUGGGGCAUCCAACCAAUCACAAUGCUGUGAAUGCCUAACCCCUAGCAAACCUAUUAUUAUUAACAUUUUCAUUAACAAAAUACAAAUUUUUGCCGAAUCUGAGUAAUUCAACUAGUACCAAACCUAGCUCGCAAAGCAGCAGCUGCUUUAAAAAUGUACAUUAGAUGUACAUUUAAUGUAUACUGUAUUAUAUUGUAGUACUGUAUUAGAGUGCUCUAGUAUAUUAGAGUGCUAGAUUAGAAGCAGUCAGUCAGUGCAGAAACCCAGGGGGAACAAACCCCACAGGACUUGGGGAUAUAGUUGUCACUGACCCAAUAAGCAGCUUGGUGGAGGAAGAAUGAUCAUAGUCUGGAAGUAAAGACGAUGCGCAUUCUUCAGACAUGGCGAGUGUGGGCUCGAUGGGCCAAACCAACUACGGCAAACGACCCAUGAGGUGAUUACCAGGGGCCUGAAGGCAACUAAGCAGAGAAUCCAGGCACUGAGGCUGCUUCCCAGAAGACAGACACAAAGUGCCGCCAAAACAACCAGGCUAUGAUUGGCAUCCACGGUAUGUUGUAAAACAAACACCCAAUUCCCAGUGCAAUCAAGAGAAUGCUCCCAGCCAACAGAGGAGUCAAGACCUAUGAAUUGCACUAAGUGAAGUUCUUCAACCCAGUGGCUUGGCCUCUUAGGGGGCAAAAUCUCAAACACUCCAGAAAAAGAUCUCUGAAGGUGCAGACUUUAUGGAUGCUUUCCUGGUACAGUGGCCAAUUGUCACUCAACCCCUAUAUGCCUACAUGAGAGCCAGGUUUCAGCUCUGGCUCCUGGUAAGCCAAACAGAACUCCUGCAUCUAAUAAGACCCAUUUGCAUUUGCAUAAAACCCAUUUGCUUCCCAAAAACAGUUCUACUGUGCUGGUACAUUAAGUCAACCAUGUGACCAGCUGAACCUUGUCAUGGAGACCACAGUGUCCUUGUCCUGUUUAGAGGGAACUUCUCAUACACUUAAAUCCUGAUUUUUUUGUAUUUAUAAAGGUGUGAGUGCAAAUAAUUUAUUUAGUGUAAUGCAAAAAUAGUUACUUGUAUGUAAUACUUGAAGGUACUCAUGAAAGUGUUUCUGGAAAAUGGUCAGAGUUUUCUUUAUUGUGUAAUUAAUUCAAAUUGUGUGACAGG